AUGUCACGAGACAAGGCAACAGAUUGGUCAGCCGCAUGGACAGACUCUCUCAAAGCCCCGGACGAUGCUGCCGGCAGCGGUGAUGAUGUCCGGCCUCUUGCGACCCAGACGCCCAACGAUCAUGACCGCCUGGCCAGCGCCACCGGAGACCAAGGCGGUAUCGCUGGUGCCCCGAAGCUGCACACGGAACCAAGACUACCCGCUCGCGACGCUACAGUCAAUCAAGUCCGCGAAUGGAUUGUUGCGACUUUAGUGACGAACCACAAACAGAGCCCAGAAUUCGCCCGCCAGAUCUCACUCAAGUGGGAGCUCCGCCGAGGAUGGUGUCUGCGGGAGCUGCGGCCUGCGGAGUUUCUGGAGAUGUUCGGAUCGAUCGGACCGCACUUGGAGUGGGACGUCAAAUAUGGCAUGGAAGAAGAACUUGCCGCGAGCAAUGCCAAGAUGAAGCACGCAUCGGACGCUGCAUCUCGCAAAGUCAUUGGUGAGAAGUUGCACGAUUCACUACGCAACGGUUGUCCUGCUAGCAUUUCAUGUCUGCAUUAUUCUUCACCUAUCUCAUACGGAGCUAAUUUUCAUCGGGUGCUUCCUGCUAAUCCCUACAGUGACCAUCACUUUCGCAUCUGGGGGAGCAAAUGCCUCGGGAAAAAGUCCACUGGACCUGUGCCUUUUAACAGCAAGGUCAACGUAUCCUAG